AUGGCUGUCACAGAGGUGCUGUCGGCGGUGCGCCGCCCCAUCUAUGACCGCACCUACCCCAAAUUGAAGCGCUUUUCCUGGCCGUGGCGCCUUCUGGCCACUUACACGAGCUUCCUUACUUGGCUGGCCUCCACUCCGUGGCUCCUGAUUCGCUCCCUGGCGCCUCAGAACCUGCAGGACAACUUGGCCGACAUGGAGCGCGGCUUCUUUAACUUUGUUACGCCGCUCGUCAACUUCGUGCAAGACACCACGUUCAAGGCCUUCCACAUCGCCGACGUGACGGCGGAUUGGGCCAUCAACACCGCCACCCACGUCUACCAGCACAACCUAAAGGGCUUUGAGCACACCUUCGACCAUGCACUCCGAAACGUGGAGCACCGUGUCCGAAUCCUGAAGGAUGACGGGCUCAACGGCAUUCCUAAGGCGCUCUCGUUCGACCUUCACACUCCGGCAACAAAUCACAGAACCACCACGCCUCCGACGAGCAUGCCCAUCGCUGGGAAGAUGUAA